AGCUUUGUUUACAUUGAUUCGUCAUUCGUCAUUCAUUUUUCAUUGUUGCAACAUCAGCAAAUUCGGGGAAAAUUUCGCUGUUUUCUUAAGAAAAAUUGUGCUAACUGGAAGUGCUGACGAUGCUAAACGAGGAAGUGGACGACAGUGAAUUCUUCCAGCAAGAUUUCACCACUGCUUCCGAGUGGGAAGUGUUCAAUGCACGAUUGGAGGAAAUUUUCCACGAAUGGAAACUUUCUUAUGGACGUCAUCAAACCGCGGGCAGCAGCGCUUAUUCGAGAAAACUGCUCCGGGAUGAGUUGUCGUUUUGCGAAUGGCAGGUAAGUCGGGAACCGUUAAAGUUUGCCGAUGUCGAGAUGGAGGUUGUUCGAUACAAAGCGGAUGUUGUAUUGGAGGGAGUGGAAGAAAUUGUUUCUGGAGAUGACGAGGAAUCCUGUCAGGCGUUUGUGGAUUUGAUGGCAAACGAAAACGACUACUGCCUGGUAGAUCAAAAAUCAGAGAAUGACCUGCAUCCGCUGGCCCAAUGGUACGGAUUGCGGGAAUUUGUUAUCGUUUGUCCGGUGAAGAAUUCCAUCAGCAAUGAAAGCCAGAUCCGGAUAUUGAUGAGUUCUAUCCACAUUGCUGUGGCGGAAAGCGGAUGCGACGUUCCCGUUUUUGUACAAGUUCUGGACAAGGUUCAGAACGUGUUUCUGGGAGUCUGCGAGUUCGGGUCAAUUAGAUUGUCGUUUGAUAUUGUCCAUCUACAUAUUACUCCCCCGACCUGUAAGUGUUUGUCAGGAUUGUUGGAAGUUUUCAAAGGCAAGGUUGGAACUAAAUACAUGGAUCCGGUUGCCGUGUCUGUCCGGUUUACCUAUGGCUUAUCAAAGUUCCUCAGCUCAAUCUACAUAACUCCAAAGAUUGUACCGUUUUCCGAAUACGCGAUGGACGAUUCUUCAAAUGCAGAAAAGAUAGCACUGCCUUUCGGAGUAGCAGUUGAACCCAUCUCUGAGCUGGUUCUCUAUUGCACUUGGCCUCAAGUGGCCGACAACGUCGUUAUCGAUUCUCAAACGUAUUCUGAUUUCGAUCCACUGAUUGCUCCGGUGUGGAGUCUCCGAGCACACUUUGAGGACUCCCCAGUGUGCUACAUGUCUGAAUGUGUACAGGAAUUCCUACAAAUUUGCGACUCACGCCGUGCCCUAACGGAAUAUUUUCCCGAACUUGCAUACGGUGGUGCAGCUCAAAAUAUUGACGGCACCAAAGCACUGGAAAAGCUAACCGAAUCGAAAAUUCCUACACUUACUUCCGUAAUCCCUGGAAUAUCAUCCAGCUCAAAAAAAGAAAACGUUCAACUUGAGGGACCCAUCGGAGACGAACAGUUGAAGGAAAUGUUGUACUAUCUUUUUCCGGAUGCUCAAUCGUCGGCGUUGCAUACCUACAAUAUACCUGGGCCUGGAGAGUCGGAAUUCGACCCACUGCGUAUUAAAUCUGCCGUUCCAGAUUCACUGGUACAUCGAUUGGCGACCUUGUUGGCCAUUUCCAAUUCUAACUGCGGAGGAAAACGUGCCAUGGCUCAGCUGUGGGCCGAGUUUGCCCAGGAGAUGCGUUACCGUGUGGAACGGUGCAUUCAGAUUCCUGGUAUCGCAAAUGGAUUUCCGGAUUCUCGAACGUGUCUUCUGCACCAGAAACUUCAGAUGUUGAACAUCUGUAUGGAACGAAGGAAAAUUCGUGAAGGAGGUUUACCGUUUGCUAUGACGAAUGACUCAUCUGGCACGGCCGCGGGCAAAGCCCGCGAAGGCAGUCAUGAAUCUGAGGAUGAGUUUUUCGAUUGUUCAGAUGAAGAGGAAGAAGCACGCAACACCAAUGCUCAACCGAUUGGUCGCUUGUCGAAGUUGGGCAAAAUGCUUCUGGUGGAAGCGGAUGAACCUCUCUACAUUCCAGUUACCCAAGAGCCGGUACCAAAAACUGAAGACCAACUCGAAGACGAUGCGGAAGUCAUGCUCAAACUGGGUCCCGGUAGUGAGCUUUGUACCCAAAUGAUGAGUGCCUCACUUUUGUCGGACAUGGAAAGCUUCAAAGCCGCAAAUCCUUUAGGAAAGUUGGAAGAUUUCAUUCGAUGGUACAGUCCACGUGACUGGAUUGAGGAUGAAAACACUGACGAGAAAGAUCCUUUCGGUCGGAAAGGGCGUUUAAGCUCGAGGAUGCUCAUCCCUGGGAACACUUGGCAGAGUGUGUGGCAAAGUGCAAAACCUGUUCCGGCUCGCAGACAAAAACGGCUCUUUGACGACGCGAAAGAAGCAGAAAAAGUCCUCCAUUAUCUGGAGUCUCGAACUAUCGGACAAAUUUCUCAAAUAACGAUGGCCUCACUUUUCCACACGGCAAUCCUUACGUUAGCUGAAGAAGCCAAACUGGACGUUGAUUGCAUUCCAAAUUUCCAAGAAGACAUGGACAAACUUAAGUCAACCUGUUGCAAACUGUCCCGGGAAAAUUGGGUCAUCACAGCACCUGCCCCUAGAGCGAAUUCACAGAAAAAGUUUGAAAAUUUGCUUGGCGACAUAACCGGGUUAGAAAAUACCGUAGUUAAGGUACGGAGUCUGCGUCGGAAACUGUUUCCAUCGACCGAUGUGGAUGAUAUCGGGCGGACCGAACAGAAGCUGAUAUUAUCGACACUUUUAAACUCACACGAAUCUGAACUGGAAGGUGGCUCGAAAAGUAAAAUCGGAGAACGGGUCCUGCAGAUGUUUUCCGAAGCUAAACGUGCCGCCAGUGAACAAGGGAAUGAGCAAGCGAUCGCAAUGUCACUACCGGACCCAAUUGAAAAGCAGUUCACCCUACGAUUAUGCGGGAAAACGGUCAAUAAGGGCAUGGGUUCGCCCCAGUUUAUGAGGGCCCUUCUGGUUCACAACGAGUUUCGGCUUUGUGGUGCUUUCAGUAAAAAUACGACCUUUUACUAGAGUAAUUCAUCGUUCAUCGCAAGAUGAUGUGAUAAGUCUAAAAGGAUGUCUAUAUAUCAAGUGUUAUUUAUGCUAAUAA